AUGGCCUUUCCCAAGACCUACGAGAAUGAUCACAGGAUCCGGUCAGCGUUGGACCGAGCGAUCGAGCUUGGGGAGACAGGAGUAGCUGUGGCGGCCUAUCGCCGCGGCGAGCUGAUUGUUGACGCCUUUGCUGGGAAAGCAAACCCUCAGUCCGGAGCUGCUGUCACCAAGGAUACGAUUUUCCCUGUCUUCUCGGUUACCAAGGGCGUGACGGCCCUUGCAGUUCACAUACAGGCUGAGCGAGGACACCUGAGCGUGCACGACCCUAUCAGCAAGCAUUGGCCUGAGUUUGGUUGCAAUGGGAAGGAAAACACAACCAUUGAACAGGCACUUUCCCACCGUGCUGGUAUCCCUCAGAUGCCCGCAGACAUCACCCCGGAGCUCAUGCACGACUGGCAGUGGAUGGUGGAGAAGAUCGCCAAGUUCACCCCGCUAUUCCCUCCGGGCGAAGCAAAUGCGUACCAUGUUCUGGUAUGGGGUUGGAUUUUAGGCGAAGUAGUCUGCCGCACAGAUCCAAAGCGGCGGCGCUUUGAUGUGUUCGUGCGAGAGGAGAUCUGCGGGCCGCUUGGGUUGAACGACGGAUUCUUCUUGGGCGUCCCUGACUCAGAACUGCACCGGGUUGCGGUGCUGUCGGGCGGCAAUGCUUUCCCUAUCCAGGAUGAUCAUGGCAUCAGUCCCUCGGCAGUCUUCCCGGGCUCGGAGGUGCAUAAUCUUAGCAUUGUGCAACAGACGGUGGAUCCCGGUGCAGGCGCCAUCGCGAACGCGGGUAGCGUGGCGAGAAUAUUCGCUCUCUUGGCUGAGGGCGGCGAACUGGAUGGUGUGCGUCUCUUGUCCAGGGAAAGAGUGGCGGGCCUGAAUAAAAUACGAGAAGGCGCGCAUGAUCAGGACAAGAUACUGCCUAUUCCUGUGUGGUUUGGUGCGGCAGGCUUUUGGCUUGGCGGUGAACCUGGAGCAAGUGACCCUUUGGUUGGUGAUCAUCGCGAGAUCAUAUAUAGUCCUGGGGCUGGAGGUUCUGUAGCUUGGGCAGACAUACGCGACAGGAUAUCCGUUGCUAUAUGUCACAACAACAUGGAUACUCCGCUUAUUCUAGAACCGGAGCGAACGUUUGCUCCUAUCGUAGCGGCCGUCCGUGAGAUCAUUAAGGAUCUUGAAGAAAACUGA